GUGCUCUUCUGAGAUUUUUAUUUUACACUUCCAGUAGAGAGUAAGGGGAUCUUACUUCCUUCACUCUCCUUCGGGAUUCCUGAGGAGGAAGACUCUUCAGCCCUGUAUCUGUUCGCUUGUUAAUUCCGAUUCCGUCGAUUGAUUGAUCGAUCGAUCGAUCGAUCGGUUGGGAACUUUUACGGGUGUGUUCGAAUCGAGCUCUGUAAUUCGCUUGAAGGGUUUUGCGGUCUUCGAUUCUGUUUCGCAUGUCAUCAUGAGUGUUGGGCCAAAGUUGAAGAUCAAAUAUCCUGUUCCUGGCCCUCGGCCUUGCCAGUUUGGGAAGCAGGUGUCUGUACUCAAAGACCAGGGGGACAACUAUUCUGUUAAUUCAAAUCGUGAGUUAGGGAUUGAGAAAGCACAGAAGUGUCUGGGUGGUUCUGUUGGUGGGAAAAAGUUUCUUGCUGCUGGAGAUUCACGGGAAACAUCCUCUAAAAAUGGUGCUAAAAAGCGUGGAACAGAGGAGUUGAUGGAUCAUUCACAAGGAAAGAGGCAGAAAAUGGAUCGUGCUAUGACGUUUCAGUGUUCUACCGUUCUGAAGCAUCUGAUGACUAAUCGAUAUUUUUGUCUUUUUAGUAAACCAGUGGAUCCAGUAGCACUGAAGAUUCCUGAUUAUUUCUCAAUUAUAACUAACCCCAUGGAUUUGGGUACAGUUAAAUCCAAACUAGACAAGAAUACUUACCUGAGCAUUGAGGACUUUGCAGCCGAUAUCAGACUGACUUUUGCCAAUGCCAUGUUAUAUAAUCCCCCUGGUAAUAAAGUUCAUCAAAUAGCCAAAGAACUUAGUGAUCAGUUUGAGGUGAGAUGGAAGUCUGUAGAAGGAAAAUUAAAAGGUGAAAAAAUUAAGGUUGCAGAGGGGAAGGUUUCAAGCAUGCAAAUGAAGGGGAACGAGGAGUUGAGACAGAAUUGUCCUAAAACACCUCCACUGCAUGGAAACACCUUGCCCAAGAGGUCAAAGGUGUCAGGGGAAAUGGUCAAGAAAUUGGAAUUUGAUGCAAAAUUAGACCACCACAAACCGGUUCAGACCUGCACAAGCAAGUUUUUGGGGAAAAAGUUAUCCAAAGGCACCAAUAGUGGUGGUGAAUAUGCCCGUGUCUCUAUCAAUACCAAAACAGAAAGUGCCCCAGGUGCUAGCAAAUGCUGUACAUGUGGCAGCAUUAGGUGUCAAUGUAGCCUUAUUGGUGAUUCAAACCAUGCAUCUUCAAGUGAUAUCACUUCAGAAAGAUCUAUCAGUGGUGAUCAUCGGUCAUGUACUACUGAUGCUUCUCAUCUGGAUCCCCUAGCGAAAGGCACAUCAACAUCACAGAUGAGCAAGUCAGAUCCAGAUUCUGAUGGAGCCAUAAGUGCAUUUGAUGAUGGGAACACUUGUCUUAGCUCGGAACUCAAAAUCCAUGCAUCUGAUGGUGUGGUUAGUGAUGGGUUAAUCGCACCAAUUGUUGAUGUUCAAAUGUCUCCAUCAAAGGCUCUACGAGCUGCAAUGCUGAAGAGCCGUUUUGCAGACACUAUUUUGAAGGCCAAACAAAAGACUCUCCUUGAUCAUGGUGAUAAGGCCGAUCCUGUAAAGAUCCAGCAGGAGAAGGAACGAUUGGAAAGAAGACAGCGUGAAGCUAAGGCUAAGAUUGAAGCCCAAAUCCGAGCUGCUGAAGCCGCUGCACAGUUGAGGGCCGAAAUGGAAUCAAAAAAGAAACGUGAGAGAGAAAGAGAAGCUGCCCGAAUUGCACUGCAGAAGAUACAAAAAACGGUUGAGUUUGAACAGAAUCUGGAGACCCUGAAAGAACUAGAGAUUUUAAGUGGAUGUUCCCUGCCUAGUUAUCGUCUUUACCAUAGGGAUGGAUCUCAUCAAAUGGUAUGGGGAGCAUUUGAAGGAUCUGGCAUUGCGAAUCCAUUGCAGCUGCAGGACCUGGGUUUGUUCAUUAAAGAUGAUUAUCAAUAUCUGGAUGAGGAGGAUGAAGCGGUAAAUUUAGAUGAAGAUGGAGAAGAGGGGGAAAUAAUCUCAUGAAAAUUGUGUAGUUGCUGUGUGUUCUCUCCUCAUCUUCCUGUGAAUUUGUUAAUAAUUUCUUCUGGGUAGAGGGAAAAACUAUAGUGCAUGUAAAUGAAAUAUUUUUGUAGGGAAGAGUGGGUAUUGUGUCGUCAAAUACAUGUAUAUGUAUUUAUGUAUGUAUAUAUUUAAAAUUUUAUAGAUUGAGGUUUCUAAGGCAGAUUAUUUUUUCUGUAGCUUUCUUAUACAGAAAAAGUGUUUUAUAGAGUGAAUUGUACAUUAAAAAUGUAGUCUAAAC